ACACGAUCAUCGUUUAAAUAUGAAGUUCUAAAUCAGUCCGCUUUUAGAUAAAGAGUAGUUCCUUUCCACUCGACUGUAGACCAGCAGUUAACUAUUUAGUAAAUUUCUGGUUAUUUAACAAAUGCCUAGAAUUUACAACUGAUCGAUGCCAUCUGAAUUUGACUAUGGUGGUUUAGUAACAUUUAAACUGGAUUUUUAGCCUAAAUCUGAGGGUAGUCAAAUGCGUUUCAAGAAAAGGGGAGUAUGUGAUUUUGUUGAAGUAUUUUAUGGGUAUUCCCCUUAUAUGUGUGUUAUAAUGUGAACUGUUUUUUUUUUCUUCAAGAAUUGUGGAUAUGAAUAACGUGUUUACUUGAACUAGAAGGCGAACUUAAGGUCGAAUAGUAUUCUGACAAUCAAUCGAUUAUGCUGUUCACCUUCAAAAUCUGUUCGCUGUAAAAAGAAAAUAUCGGAUCUUAAUAUUAAAAGUAUGUCGUUGAAAGCCUGGGAUUUCAUUCAGAAGACCUUAUAUCACGCGGCGUUGCAGGCAUCAGGGAAACUAUGCCUAAGGAGGACACAUAUUCCGAUGAUCAGAAGUACUUCAUGGACUUCUGUCCAAUUUAGGUCGACUCACGGUACCAAUUCAGGUUCUAGCAGUUUCUCGAUCAGGAGUCACACGUGUGGGGAGCUGCGAUCUACCCAUGUUGGAGAAGUCGUCACACUGUGUGGAUGGGUUCAGUAUCAAAGACAUGGCAUGUUUGUUAUCCUGAGAGAUUACAGUGGCCUGACUCAAGUGCUUAUUCCAGAGGAUGAGUCCAGAAUCAAACUUAAGAAAACCUUUUGUGAGUUACCGUUGGAGUCCGUCGUCAAGGUGAAAGGGAAGGUCAAGCGUCGUCCAGCAGGCCAAGAGAACAAGGAAAUGCCCACUGGUGAAAUCGAGGUUUGUGCUGAGACUGCGGAGGUAUUAAACAAAAGCAAAAAACUGCCUUUUGAAAUUAAGGACUUCACAAAGAAGGCUGAGUCCCUUCGCAUGCAGUACCGAUACCUAGAUCUCAGGUCUUCCCAAAUGCAGUACAACUUAAGACUACGCUCUCAAAUAGUAAUGAAAAUAAGGGAAUAUCUUACCAAUAUACACGGAUUUGUUGAUGUUGAAACACCCACUUUAUUCAAACGGACGCCAGGGGGUGCAAAGGAGUUUCUGGUCCCUUCAAGAGAACCUGGCCGAUUCUACUGCCUGCCUCAGAGCCCUCAACAAUUCAAACAACUCCUUAUGGUGGCUGGCAUUGAUAGGUACUUUCAGGUGGCUCGCUGCUACAGAGAUGAAGGUUCCAAACCAGACCGGCAACCUGAAUUCACACAGGUUGACAUUGAGAUGUCCUUUGUGAACCAAGCUGGCAUACAAGCCCUAAUUGAAGGUCUGAUCCAGCACUUCUGGCCAAAUGAAUUGAGGUCAAUUUCCACUCCAUUUCCUAUUAUGACUUACGAGGAAGCUAUGAGUGUCUUUGGGGUGGACAAACCAGACGUCCGAUUUGGAAUGCAGUUGGUGAAUAUCAGUGAGGUGUUUUCCAGCAUAGAAGUGGAAUUUCUGAGAGAUAUUGUCCACCGGCCAGGGGGGUGUGUCCAGGCCAUCCGUGUCCCAGGUGGAACAAGACAUUUGAAGAACAAGGAUUUGGAAUCCCUAAAACAUCUGGCCAAGAUCCACUUCAACCAGACGGUGAAUGUGGUGGUGCUGAAGGACGAUGGCACAUGGAGAUCUUCCAUAGCAAAACUUUUACCUGAUUCUGCCAAGCAACAUCUCCUCCAGUUGACUGCAGCAAAACCUGGAGACGUGUUAAUAUUAGCUUCUGGAUUAUUGCAAGAUGUGCGCUCUUUGCUGGGGAAGCUGCGGCUGCAGUGUGUCCAGCUGUUGGAGGACAAGGGCAUGAUUGUUCGGGAUCCCUCUGAUUUUCACUUCCUAUGGGUGGUGGAUUUCCCGCUCUUUCUUCCCAAGAAGGAAUACCCUGCUGAGCUGGAGUCAGCCCACCACCCAUUCACUGCUGCACACCCUGAGGAUCUUCCCCUGCUGCUUAAGGAACCCCACAAGGUGCGGAGCCAGCAUUUUGACCUGGUUGUGAACGGGUGUGAGGUAGGAGGAGGGUCUAUACGUAUUCAUGAUGCAUCAGUGCAGAAGUUUGUGCUGGAAAAAAUCCUAAAGGAGGAUUCCUCUCUCCUUUCUCAUCUGUUGGAGGCGCUAGACUCCGGAGCACCUCCACAUGGUGGGAUUGCUUUAGGGUUAGACAGACUGUUGUCUAUCAUUGUGGGUGCCUCCAGCAUCCGAGAUGUCAUCGCCUUUCCCAAGUCCUUCCGUGGACACGACCUCAUGAGUGGUGCGCCAGACUUUAUCUCUGAAGAUGAACUCAGACCAUAUCAUGUCUGUGUGAAAUGGCCAGUGCAAGAAGGCAAAGAGAAACAGGAACUAGAUCUCACCAAGAAUUCUGCUCUGGAUUCAUAGCUGACCUCCCUUCUGCAAGCUUUCAGUGUUAUUGCAGAAAUGGAUGAGAGUCCAUGAAUGAAGCGAGUCUGAUGUUUAUAUGUAGUCUUUGUUUUGUAUCUUUUUAUACAGACUUCAUAGAGCUUACACAGAUGUAAAUGUUAAUCUGUUAAAGAACAUGUCCUGGUUAUUUAAGAAUUUUGCAUUUUCCUUAACUGAUAUUCAGGUCCAAAUUUCACCAAAACUAACAUUGAUUACUUAUUUUGAAAAAAAGCUUUCUAUCCAAAACUAUAGAUUUUGAAAUGUUUAUAACUACAGACCUCCAAAUUAAACACAUUUAUUGUUGUGUGAAAAUGCUUUCAUUGAAAUGCCAUGCUGUUGUUUCCAUAAAUGCAUAAACACAACUUCAUUUCAUGGUUCAAGAUUCAAAUGCGGAAACUCAAUUUUAUUUGAGAUAGCCAUUUUCUUUGUGUAUGUUUAUGUUCCAUCUCUCUAUCUUAUUGGACUCAAACAAUUUAAGCUAAUCAGGAUAUGCAGUAAGCUAUCAGAAGAGUCUUUUCAUGUGUUGUGUAUUUGAUAUCGGUCCAAUGUUUUGAAAGGAGCUACUUUUCAAUGGAAACUGAGCAUCAGCUGUAUAGUUAACUCUUAAAUAUCACAAAAACGUCAAAUAUUGCAAUGUGAACUGAUGAAAAAGGUAACAAACUUCACGUUUUUAUUAAAACUGAACAAUAGCAAAAGUCAAA